UCGUUUCAGUGUGUGCAUGCAAUCAACACAGAAGAUUUCAGAGCGAUGGACGAACAACCGGUAGAUCACGGCGAUGCAGAAGAAAGUGUCCAGAAAUUAUCAGACUCGCAGCGUGCCCGCAUUGAAAGAAAUCGUCAGAGAGCUUUGAUGCUGAAACAGACAAGAUUAUCAACGAGGCCAUACACUACAGAGAAGCCAGGAUCAUCAGGAGAAAAAGUAAAAGCACCCGCCAAGAUAAUCGAUACUGGUGCUGGAUUCUUCCUGGAGGAGGAAGAGGAGGGGGAACAAAAGACUCGAGCUAAAGUCAAGCAUCAAUUAGGUCCUGUGAUUGGCGUAGAAAACCUUCUCUGUGACGGCUGUGAGAAGGAAUUCAUGGAUUCAUUCCUACACACAAACUUUGACGUGUCCAUCUGUGAUAAAUGCAAAGAAAGUGAAGACGACAAUCCUCUCAUUACCAAGACAGAUGCUAAGAACAAAUAUCUGCUGAAAGAUGCCGACUUUGACCGUCGAGAACCCCCUUUGAAGUUCAUUGUACGCAAAAACCCUCGUCAUAACACCUGGGGAGAUAUGAAACUGUUUUAUGAACCUCAGGUGUAUGAGCGAGCUAUUGAAGUCUGGGGCAGUGAGGAAAGUAUUGAAGAAGCUCACGAAAAACGAGCUGAAAACAGGGAAAAAACGAAACAGAAAAAAUUUGAUAAGAAAGUUAAAGAAUUACGACACGCCGUUCGGAGUAGCCUCGUGAAGAAGGACCGGGGACCACACGUUCAUGAGUUCGGUGAGGAGGUUUACGACGAGGCUGAGGAUGAGUACAGUAAGGCGUGUACAACAUGUGGUCACGUUUCAACGUAUGAAAAAAUGUGAGACUGACAUAAAUUAAUUGUGAAACGUCAAAUCUCAGGAAUUUCGCCGCACAAGUACCAACCAAGUGGGCUUAGCUUAUUACCGGAUAAAUGUGAUAUUUGAUUACUUUUUCGUCACACUUCUGUCUACCUCACGAUACAUUUGACACAUUAUAUAAAGUUGUAUACAUGUUUUUUUAUUAUAUUAGGAAAAAAAUACCAUCAAGAUUAAAUUGUCAUUAUCACUAUUAUGAAAUUUCUGUUGAAAUAUAUUAAUAGAAGUAUUAAAUAUAAAAUAUGUUUUGUGAUACAUUUUUCACAAUGAAAUUUGUUUGAAAUUUGAAAAGAUAAAAUAAGCAGAAAAAAACCACCCCAGAAAGUCUUUCGGUUGAACUCUGCAAAUCCUUAUCUUCAUUAAUGAUAUCCAGUAAAAGUAAUUCCCUGCAAACAUAAAAAUGAACGAUGGAUACCUUUCUAAGGGAAAUAACUUUAACAAAAUACAGAGGCAUUUUUGAUUUUUCAUCUUUAUAUUCAUGUACACGGGUAAAUAUUCCAAAAUGAAAAAAAAAACCAUGAAAAUCCCAGCUGAGAAGCGGAACUCUUCUCCACAGUUAUAUUCAGUGCAGUGUUACCUUUUUGUACGUGUGUAUAUAUACUACAUGUAAAUAUUUAGUUCACAGUUGUAUGAGUCUAUAGAUCUGUAAUGAAUUUGAGGCAUGUACUGGUAUUUCAAUAGAUCACAAUUACAGAUUGAAAUGCAUAACAAGAAAAUAUUUGAUGUCUUUGGUGAUUUUAUUGAUUAUUUUUAUGAUUCAAUGGGUCUUUUUGACAUUUCUUUUUUCUUUUUUAUAAAACUUUUGUUUUUCAUGAAUUUAGAAAUCAAACCUAUUUUUGGUAAAAAUUCUUACAGUGUUGUUGAAAUCAGUAAAGAAUGAUAAUAAUAUUUAUUUAUUCAUUUUGUUUACAUAGCUAAUAGUAAAUAUGGACCAAAUGAAAUGUUAUACAUUAUUAAAAAUUUCCAUUACACGUUGUUACAUAAUUAGUUCAACAGACACAGGUUUGUGUAAACUGGUUUUAUUAUUAGGUUUAACGUCCUAUUAACAGCUUUGGUAAUUUAAGGACGUACCUCGACGUGUGUAAUGUAUGUGUGCAUGUGUGUAUGUGUGCUGGAAGCAGGGUAUGUUGCAUCCUAGAUAUCCAGGGGUUACGCUCACUUUCCCUCUCUGCACCCCUGGAAUGACAUAGUAAAAUUGAAGGCACUGGCUAGCU